UGGAUCUCACAGGAUGUACUCCCUUAGUAUGUUCAAGUACGCAAUUUAUUUUUUAUCCGUCGUCGUUUCUUGGGAUCUGUGGAGAAUAUAUGCAGCAGAACAGAACGAACCCCAAAACCAAUCCGUACUUGAUCAGAUUGCUGUUAACCAACAAAGCUGGUUCACAUACGACUUGCAAAGUCGAAAUAAAACUCAGGAAAAAAUUGUAUUGUUGGGGAGACGCAUAGAAACCCGAUUGCUGGCGCUACAAAUGGAGAUGGAAGCUCAACUUCGAUCGCUACGUAACAUUGUGGAAACCCAGAUUGAACAGAAAAAGAACUCCGAAAAAAUCAACAAGGAGGUCUUCCAGAAGAAAGGCACCAGGCACUUUUAUAUUGAGAAGGAAAACAAACUGAGUUGGUAUUCUGCGGCGGACAAGUGUCGCCAACUGGGCGGUCACCUGGCGACCAUCCGAAAUGAGAGGGAGAUAGAUAGAGUCUUUUCGGGAGUCCAGCCAGGCUCCUACUGGGUGGACAUCUACAGCCUGGGCGGAGAUGAAGGACCGUAUGUUUCUUCACUAUCCGGGAAAGAAGUCAAGUACUUAAAGUGGGGUAUUGACCUAACCAAAUAUAAUAGUAAUCACUGCGUGAAUGUACGUGUGUAUGGAAGAGAAAUGUACACGGCUAACUGUACCGAAAAAUUGUUCUUCGUAUGCCAAGCUAAAUAAUGGAAAAAUCCGAACUUACUUGAGAACUAUUUUAAACUUCUCAGCCUAACAGAAUUUGUAUGAAGCUAUAAUCAUGCGACUUUUACAAUCGGUUUUUAUUAUACGCUCCGUAAAAAUACAAAAAAUUAU